GGGAAACGCCAACUCCGGUCCACUGACCCCUACACUCGGGCCUCCGAUCGGGUGUUUAUCGAGACUAUCAACGAGUACUUCGUGGGCCUGAAGUACGUGUUCACUGAGCCCGACCUGACCCGGGUAUGGGACUCCACUCGGGCGGCCCUCAAAAAGGCUAACGAUUUAUUGGCUAAGCGUAGGGCCGGUGCUAAGUAUUUGUCAGGUGCUGAGCUCCCGGGGCUGACCGACUAUAUGAUAGCGCCUUUAUUGCACUUAUUGCCCCUUUGUGUGGACCUAUCGGGCCAUAAGUGGGACGACUAUUUCCGGACGGAGUUGCCGGAGUUGUAUGACUACAGGAAUACCAUAGAAAAAGACCCGACUGUCCACAAACUGGUCGUCCCCUACGAUGAGUACAUUGAGAUCGCGAAAGGACGUUAUAAAAAUCCUGUUCCCGAGGGUCACCCCUCUUAUCGGGUGUUUAUCGAGACUAUCAACGAGUACUUGGUGGGUUUGAAAUUGAUUAUGUCUCAAGAGAAAGCUAAGAAUUAUAAGCAAGGCGAUCCCUACCCGCCCCGUGUGAACCCCGAUGUGUUGCGACUGUAUUACCGCGAGUCGAGUCCAUACGCCCAGCGGGUGCUCAUGAUUUUGAACGCCAAAGAAAUCCCGCAUGAAGUGGUCAACAUAAACAUAUGGGCCAAACCGGACUGGUUCAUGGAAAGGGCACCCUUGGGACAGGUACCAGUGAUCGAGUUUGACCAGGACAACAAAGUCCUAUUCGAGUCCCUUAUAAUCGCCGACUUUCUCGACGAGACUAUACCCGGCAAACGACGCCUUGGCUCCCGAGACCCCUUCCAGUGGUCGGUCGACCGCAUGUUUGUCGAGACCCUAAACCAGGCGACGGCAGUCAUACCGUCCAUAUUCACUGAGCCCGACCUGACCCGGGUUUGGGACACCACUCGCGAGGCUCUUAAAAAGGGGAACGACGUGUUGGCUAAGCGCAGGGCCGGUGCUAAGUAUUUGUCAGGUCUGGACACUAACCUGUAA